AUGAACCCUAAUGCUCCUUUCGGUGGACAGCCACCUGGAGUUUUCCAGACACCACCUAGGAGUUCUUCUGGAAUGAUUCAGGUUCAUCCACCACUCCAGUUUGGCCAGCUCUCACUGUUUGGGCCGAACAGUGGAGGAGUGGCAAAGAAUCCUGGCUUCCCGCCCCCAUCUGACUUCACAAGAACUUCAGAACUACGUGGUUCUUCAGGUCAAACUUCGGGAUUUGUUCAUCCUCUGGGAUUUUCACAGUCUUAUCCUUUUGGGCACACUACAUCGUUCGUGGCUGCUCCCCCAUCAACCAGCUCUUCUGUUGCCGGCAAGCAAGGAUUCAGUUUUAAACCACCUAUGAAUCUCGGGACUUCUCAGACUCCUUCUAAGUUUGGAAAUACACCUGGAGAAGCUUCAGGCAAUGUCUUUGCAGGUACAGAUUUUAGCUUCAAAACCCCUGAGAAUGCAAUGUUCAAGCCUAUCUUUGGCGUUGGUUCAGAACCAGAGAAACCACAAACCAUCCCAAGUCCGUUCACGUUUUCCUUUCCAGGUGGGAGCGGGCCUGGAAGACUUGCCCCCUUUGGCAUUUCUCAGGAAACCAGCGGCUCGAGUGCUACUACUCACUUCAGCUUUUCAAAACCAGCAAGCAAUAGUGCUAUUUUAGCAUCUUCCUUCACUGCUGCUGUACCAAGCAGGACUGUAGAGGAUGACAAAAAAGGACCUGUAAAUCCUUUCGCAAAUCCUAGUAGCAGCUUUGCUGCUUUUUCUUACCCAUCUGGUGGGUCAAGCAGACCAGAACAUGAAGAAUUUGUAGCUCCGAGUGAGCCCGCCGAUAAGGGAACAAAGAGAAAGGAAGAGCAAGAUCAUUCCCCAAGGAGACGUGAUUAUGAUACCGCAGAUGAGCCAGAGGUUCAGUCACGGAGCGAUUAUUCUUCCAGCAAGCGUCCGGUCAGGCUGACUCGGGCUCGCGCAGGGGGCCUCUUCGGUAUAACAUUGCAAGAUGUUCUGAAAAGUAAUAAAGACAGUGGGCGCCCUAAGAAAGAAUCCAAAAUGGAGAGAGUCUCCCUAGAAUCAGGAGAGCUGGAACAGACGAGCGUAGCGGGGGGAAUCCAGUCUGGUUUGGCACUGGCAAGGCCGUCCCUGUUACAGAAAGAGGAAGAAAAUAAGGCAAAACUGAAGGAAAAUUCUUCCGUCUCGAAUACCUCACGUCGAAAUCGGAGCAGUGGGAGCACAGAGAGCCUGGGCGGCUUGCCCACGGGCGAGUUCAAAGCCUUCCAGUGCAAAAAUAUUCCUGAUUAUCUAAAUGACAGAAAUGUCCUCGAGAAUCACUUCAAGAAGUCUGCAAAAAUCCACCGUAUCUUUACCAACAGAAACAAAAAGCUGGCAGUUGUUUAUUGUUUUGAUCAUGCAUCUGCUGCUUUGGCUAGAAAGAAAGCCAAAGGGCUACACAAAGAAAUAGUGACAUUUUGGCACAGGAAGAAAUCAGGUCCUAAUAAGAGAGAGUACGCAUCCAAGGAGCAGGUGGAAGAUGUGAGCGAAGGGAGGCAAAAAACCGACCCUCCGAGUUAUCUGCAUUCCUCACAGAGCAAGUCCUUAAUCCGAUCCACAGCUGGUGGGAACCUGUUGAGCAAAAGCUCUCCAGCUAAGAAGUCUGGUCUUAAAAAGUCUCUGCAGUUUGAAGCAGACACCUUUGAUUCUGGGCCUGAAAGCCACGGCUUAGAGAACUUGGAAGCAUCCGCACCGUGUCUUAGUAAUCUUAUCGGCAUGGUAGCGGAGUCUUCUGAGGACAAAUACCGCCUCCUGGACCAGAGAGAUAAACUCAUGCGGCAAGCUCGACUAAAACGAACCGAUCUCGGCCAGACCUUUAUCGGCACGUGCCCAGACAUGUGCCCGGAGAAAGAACGAUACAUGAGGGAGACGAGGAACCAGCUCAGCAUCUUUGAGGUGAUUCCAGGAACAGACAAGGUGGACCAUGCAGCCGCGAUAAAGGAGUACAGCAGGUCGUCAGCAGACCAGGAAGAGCCUUUGCCACACGAGCUGAGGCCUUUGGAAGUAUUGAGUAUGACCAUGAACUACUUAGUCACUCAGAUCAUGGACAAAGGAGAAGGGAACUUCCGGGAGUGGUACGAUUUCGUGUGGAAUAGGACUCGUGGGAUAAGGAAGGAUAUAACCCAGCAGCAUCUCUGCAAUCCUCUGACGGUUUCCUUAAUCGAGAAAUGCACUCGUUUCCAUAUCCACUGUUCCCACCACCUGUGUGAAGAGCCAAUGUCCUCUUUUGAUGCUAAAAUCAACAAUGAGAACAUGACCAAGUGCCUCCAGAGCCUGAAGGAGAUGUAUCAGGACCUUGCCAACAAGGAGGUUUACUGUAAGAAUGAAGCAGAGUUCAGGGGAUACAACGUCCUCCUGAACCUCAACAAAGGAGAUAUUCUGAGAGAAGUCCAACAGUUUCGUCCAGAAGUGCGGAACUCCAGCGAAGUCAGAUUUGCGGUUCAAGCCUUUACUGCUUUAAACAGUAAUAAUUUUGUGAGGUUUUUCAAACUUGUACAAGCAGCUUCUUACUUGAACGCGUGCUUACUCCAUUGCUAUUUCAGUCAGAUUCGUAAAGAUGCUCUGAAGGCUCUCAAUAUCGCUUACACCGUGAACACUCAGAGGUCAACCAUCUUUCCGCUGCACAACAUCGUCCGCAUGUUAUUGUUCAGGGACUCCGAAAUCACGAGUGAUUUCAUCAGUUACUAUGGCUUGAGCGUGUCUGAUGGUUUUGUGGAGCUGAACCGUUCAGCCUUUUUGGAACCAGAAAGCUUGCCCAAGCCGAAGAAGUCGCCGUUCAUCAGCCAGAAGCUCGCUGGGCUGGUUGGGGAAAUUGUCUGCGGGGGACCUCUGCCAGCCGCAGCUUGUCAUGUACCUGUGUGCAGCUUCAAUGGGCAAAAUAAAUACACCGGGGGGAGUGCUGCAGUGGACUCAGCCAGCGGCGGUCAGAAAGCCAACGCUGAUGUCUCAGAAGCAAGAGCAGAAAGGGGUGAUACAGAAGCACGUCAGUUUCAUCCUCCGCUGUCGGUUUUACCCCUCCAGCCAGCCCCCAUGCCUUCUGUUGCAGUGUCCACCUUUCAGCCUCUUCCGCAGCCGUUGCUGCCGCCGCCUCCAAAACCUCAGCCUGCUUAUUGUGAUACGGACAUUGCGGAAGUAGUCGAAGAGCUUGUGCGUGAUGUGCUGGAGGCAGAAUGCAGGGAAAUCGGCAGUGCGGGAGCAACUUAUGUGCAUUCUGCAAUACGGAUCUCUGAUGCUACCGCGGAGGAAGUCAUGACAGAAGUGACGCUGGAAACGCUGAGGCAAAUUUCUUCUAAUACUUUAAACGCAGAAAGAGAGAGAUUUGAAGAGGAAAAACGGCGGGCUGAAGAAGAGAGACGGAAGCGAGAAAGAGAGCAGACCAUAACCAUGUUGAGCCAGUCUUUGGGUGCAGAAUUCACAGAAGAAGUAGUAAGGGAAAUUGUGGGAGAGAUUUCAGCUAAGGAGUUAAAGUGUGCUGUGGAGAAAGACCAAAGAGAGCGGGUUGCUCGUUGCUCAAAGGAAGUGUGUUCUGAAAUAGUGGGUGUGUUUCUGGAAGAUGAGAUUUUCCACUGUGCCAAGGAAACCCUGCAGGAACUCCAGUGCUUCUGCAAAUACUUACAGCGAUGGAGGGAAGCCGUUGCAGCCCGAAAGAGGCUGAAGCGUCAGAUGAGAGCGUUCCCGGCCGCUCCGUGCUGUGUGGACCCCAAAAACCAACUGAAGGCUCUGUUGCCCAGCGCAGAGUGCCCUAUCUCCAGAGAGAACCUGGCGAAAGGGAUGGUAGACCUGGGGCACGCGGGAAGGCUUGGCACCUCCUGUUGUAGGCUAGCGCGGCUGCGACAGAAGACGAUCCACCAAAUGAAAGUGCAGUAUUUUUAUCAGCAGUUAUUAGGUGAUGCCGUUUGGACUCCGCUGGAUCUGCCAUCCUUGGUGGCUGAAAAUAUUCCAGAGCAGCAAGAAAAAGUCUUUUGGAAGGUACUUUUGGUGCUGCCGGCCUGUGAGGAACUCCCGGUGGAAGAUCCCAGCAGAAUUCUAGCAGGUUGGUUGAAAGCUAAAUUCACGACCGAUAAAAAUGCCCAGGCUACUGCAUCAGUGGCGGACGACGGACUCCGGACGCUUGCGCUCCAUACCUCUCUUUGUGCGCAGGGAGAUCAGGCUGUUUGUGUUAGUGUGUGUGUAAAGGUGACCCACGGAAUACUCAGCCUCCCCGAGGUGGAUGACGUGGAGACACAGAAAGAGCUUCUCGGCACCAGCGGGCUCAUUCUCCUGCUGCCUCUUCACGUGAGGAGCGAGGAUGUUGCCACGGAAGACGUCUAUUGGCUUUCCGCCUUGCUUCAGUUGAAACGGCUCCUGCAGGCAAAGCCGUUCCAUCCGUUGGUGCCGCUGGUGGUUUUAGCUCCAAGCCACAGAGAUGAAGCCAUUGAAAAAGAAGCAGAAGAAGGGUUGAUGUUGCCGGACUUGAUUUCCGCAAACCUUAUUUCAGACUACAUCGUCGUCGGAAUGCCGGAUUCUGUCAAUGACUUGCAAGGCACCAGCAGGUUGGCCGAAGCAAUGCAAUGGCUGGUUGCUCAGUGCCCCAGUUCCUUCCAGUUCUGCUGCCAGACGCUUACCCAGUAUGUUGAAGAUGGCAUUGACAGAGAAUUCAGCCAGCACUUCUACCAAGACAAGAAGGAAAGGCGUGUGGCUGGCUUGCCCUCCCAAGACCCCAGUGCCAUCAUAGAGCUGUACAACAGUGUGAUACAGUUCCUGGCUGACGUUGCAUCUUCGGAUGAGCUCUGGGACCUGUCCUGGCCUGUGACUGAGUUUGCAGAGCCCGGGGGCAGCAAAGCACUCCCCCAUCUGCAGUGGAACACACCCAGCCACUUGGCUUGGCUGAAGAAGGCGCUCCUGUCCUUCCAGAUCCCACAGAUGGAUCUCCCUCCUUUGGGUGCUCCCUGGCAUCCGGUUUGCACCAUGAUUCUCCACUAUUUGUCCCAGACGGCCAGUUCUCCUCACACCCAAGCAGUACUCCAGUCUCAGGUGGAGAGCCUGCUAAGCAAAGCCUACGUCAUGUGGAGGGGCAGGAUGCGCACCAGCUCAGAAGAAGGGGGCCCUUCUGUGGCGGAGAUCCCUUGGGAUAGUAUUUUGGCAUUGUGCAUUAACCACAAAUUGAGAGACUGGAAACCUCCUCGCUUGCCAGUGGCACCGGAAGCAGUGAGCAAAGACGGCCAGGUGUAUGUGUAUUUUUUAAAGGAGCACUUGAGAAAGUUCGUCUGUCCAUCCUUAUGGGAAGAAGCUCGGCUAAAAACCCAGAAGGAGGUCCAGCGAAUUCAAGGAAGGUCCACGACAAAGUCUCAGGUUCUUCUGCAGCCGUAUUCUCUGUCAUUUGCUCCAGCGAAACAUGACUCCGGCUUGAGAAACGCAAGUGAUGAGGAACUGCGCGUUUCCCCUGGAGCAGAUCUUAUGCUGACUGAUUCCCAUCUGGAUCAUCUCACCAAGCGCCUGUCUGCCAAGCUGCAGCUAGAAAAAAAUGAGAGCAGGAGGUUUGAUGAACAGCUGCAGCAAUUCUUAGUGAAUGACUCUGAGCUGUUGUGGGACCCCCAGUCUCUUCCAGUUUACCUUCCCGAGGCGCUAGUGUCUAUGCCUCAGAUCAUCCCCGCAGUGGCAAAAGCACCUGUGCCAAGAAGCCCAGAGGACGACACCUGGAUGCUGAAGGACACCGACCCCUCCCUGGCACACAGAUUGAAUUAUUUGAAACGCCUGCUCAGAGCUAGCAAAGAAGAGGAAGUGACCUGUGGGCUUCACUUGUCUACUGUGCUGGACAUGACAAAUACCUGA